AUGAGCGAUAGAUCUAUCAACGAAAGGGUGCGAAUGGAAUGGUUUCAAACCCCAGAAUGCGUCAAUCUCACUUUUUACGUCAAAGAUCGGUCGAGCGACGACGUAAGCGUCAUCCACCACGACCGUUGCCUUGAUGUGACGAUCAGGAUGGAUGGCCAUGACCAUGAGUAUGUCUUUUCUGUUGACCCUCUCUACGCACCCCUUUCCGAAGAUCCGGCGAAGGUGAACGUGCGACCGAUGAAAGUCGAGGUUUCGUUGAAGAAACUCGUUCCCCGCCAAUGGGCCACCCUGCAGGGGGUAGCGAACGCCGUGCAAACCGCCCCCGAGCCCCCGAAAUCCAAUUCCGCUGCGGAUCUCGUCUACCCGAACAGUCGCGGUAAAGACUGGAGCAAGGUGGCGCUGGACGUCGAGGAGGAUAAGCCAGAGGGCGAGGCCGCCCUGAAUAAGUUAUUCCAGCAAAUCUAUGGAAACGGCACGGAGGAGCAGCGGCGGGCGAUGAUUAAGUCCUUUACGGAGAGUGGCGGGACGGUGCUGUCGACGAACUGGGAUGAGGUGGGCGCGAAGAAGGUGGAGGCACAGCCGCCCGCCGGGAUGGAGGCCAAACGAAUCUCCGAUUGA